AUGACUGUUGAUGGAAGGGUGGUGAUUAUCAAACGAAGUCAGCAUUGUGGAGAGGCUGCCGGUCUUUGGGAUGUUCCUGGCGGACACCCUGAGCCACAGGAAUUGGUUGGUCGAAUUAGCAUGGAAGAUAUUGAUGUUGAGACUUUGAGUAACUGUGAUGUUAUAAAAGAAAUCUACAACUCUAUUCUUCGAGAGAUUCAAGAUGAAAUUAACAUUCCACAAACAGUUUUAUCAGAACCAGAGUUGAUGGGGAUUGCCCGAAAUGAAACAAGUGCAGGUCGACCAAGUUUGGAGUUUUUUAUCAGGUGUAGCUUAGUUUCUACAGAAAUCAUCACUUUGUACUACAAAGGCAACCAAUGUGAAGCAGAUGAGUCAACGCAGAUAAAAUUGUUAUCUGCAUAUGAAGUGUUAGAACUAAAAGAAAAAAACAGCAAAUUGUGGAACUACCUGGCUCCUUCCGCCAAAGGUUGUUUCACUCUCUUCAAAAAUCUUUACUUUCUUUCUUUAAGCCUCCAUUUAUUGAUUACUACAAGUCUGCUGUUCAUUGUUUUGUCUUUUUUUAGCUCUUAA